AGUCUCAAAAUAAGCACGUUCAGAGCUUGCAGAGAGACGAGGAGGGGAGGAGGUUCACUUUCCACUCAGAAGCGAGGGCCACGCUGCCCACAGACAUGCAUCAGCCUUGUCCUCAGACAUGAUGCAGGAUCCCGCAGCCCUCGGCACUGAGCAGAAAGCAGGGCCUCGGGGCAGAUGAUCGCAGGAGACAUCUUCCCACAGAGGCUGAAGCUGAUUUGGGAAAAUAUGUGGUGUCGUAGCCCCCGUCCUGACCUCCCCACCAUCCUGUUGUGGAUGCUUGGUGCCAGUGCAGCCACCCAAGACUUCUGCAGCUCUCCAGGUGACCUCCCAGCUCCUGAGCUGAUCCUGAAUGUGAUCAGCGCUCAGGAGGGAGAACUGGUUUUGGCUCACUGCUCCAUGGGUGGGGAGUUUCCCGCUACCCAAAUCAUCUUCUGCAAGGAUGGGAUGGAGGUGUACAGCCUGAAAGCCGUACGGGGACAACUGAGUUACUCCGUUCCCCUGAAGGCCUCCCAGGAGAGCACGGGGAGGUACACGUGUGGGUACCAGCACAAGGAUGGGAGCAACCGGGUGAGAAGCUCUUCCCUCAGUGCUCCCCGGGACCUGGCAAUCGCAGGCACUGCCACCACUCCCAGCACCAGCCCCCAGGAAAAGCCAUCGCCCGGAGCACCCACAACAGGCAUCGCACUGGGCGUGGUGGCUGCCUCCCUCCUCCUGCUCCUGCCUCCAGCAACGUAUUUCACCGUGAAGAAAUUUGCCUGUGAAGGGAGAAACCAGAGGCCACUCGCUGUCACCGGCAGUGCUAAAGACUUGCCUGAGGAUCUGUGUGCGUCCCCACGUGUCCUGUUCUGCUCUCCUAGGGGUGGGGUCUUUGCUUGCAAGGCAAAGAUGUCAAUACUGAUGAACUGGGCAGAGUUAAGGUGGACAGAUCAAGCUGUGAGGAAGAGUCAUUGUACGCCAAUAGAGGGAAAGUGAGAGAUGACUCAGCCAGAUUCUGAGUUAUGCAGCACAUGAGAUGGCAUUCGCAUGGAUUGCUUGAGCUGCCUCUCCCCUGCGAGGAUUUGUAUUUGGGGGGCAGGAUCCUGGGACAAGGGGCUGGACAUUUCCAGAGGGGCUCAGGAUGCCUCAUUCCCAGCUGGCGAUUCUCCUGUCCUCCAGUGACUCUGGGCUUUGGCUCUCCUGGGGGAUGUGCACUUAGGGAGCCGCCAGAAGAUCCAGAGACCUCUCUCCACAAAAUGAGCCUGCUCCCAGCUUUGUGAAGAGCGAGUUGUGCAGGCAGGGGUGGCAUCCACACAGCUUAUCUGGGAAUGGCUGGGAAACACGGGGAAAGCAUGAAAGUUCUGCAAGCUUUAAAUAAAAGUAGGAAUUUCC